AUGUCGAGGUGGGGAUAUAGAUCGAAUAGGGAGUUCAAGUACUUCAAGUCAGUAGCAUAUGACCGACUUUUAGGAGUAACAUUCAAUGAAACUGACCAGGAACGUGCCGUAGAUGUACCGGAUAAUUUUAUAGAAAGAAAAAAAACUCCCCCAAAAUAUCCUAUAUCAGCUAAUGCGGUCAAGAGUGGUCUUAACGGAACUGCGACAACCCCAGCUCAAACACCAAGUUCAAAACCUGUACCACCUCCAAGAGAUCAUCUUAAGAUAGAGAAAGAUGGACGGCUAGUCAACAGAGCUCCUGCACCACAACUCCCAGCGAGGAUAACAAAUAACAAUAAUAAUAAUAUCACCUCCAUCACACCGGCCACACCUACGGCGGUGACUGAACCCACCAGGGAACAACUGAACAGCAUCAAAAAGUAUCAGGUGAGAAAUUUUCACAAUGAUUUUAUUGGUAGAGUUAGGAAUUUAGGGAGUGGUCUUAACGGAACUGCGACAACCCCAGCUCAAACACCAAGUUCAAAACCUGUACCACCUCCAAGAGAUCAUCUUAAGAUAGAGAAAGAUGGACGGCUAGUCAACAGAGCUCCUGCACCACAACUCCCAGCGAGGAUAACAAAUAACAAUAAUAAUAAUAUCACCUCCAUCACACCGGCCACACCUACGGCGGUGACUGAACCCACCAGGGAACAACUGAACAGCAUCAAAAAGUAUCAGGUGAGAAAUUUUCACAAUGAUUUUAUUGGCCGAGUGGUCAGAGGAGGCGCAGCCCACCAAAGUGGCCUUCUGCACGAAGGGGACGAACUCCUAGAGGUCAAUGGGGUGGAAAUGAGAGGUAAAAGUGUAAAUACAGUCUGUGAUAUUCUGCAAACAAUGGAUGGCGAACUGACCUUCCUCAUCGUGCCAGCAUCUCAAGCGAAAUCCUACUCUGAGGAUUCGGUUCUGCACGUCCGCGCCCACUUCGAUUACGAUCCCGAAGACGAUAUGUACCUUCCUUGUAGGGAGCUGGGAAUCAGUUUUCAGAAGGGGGACGUGCUUCCUGUUAUAAGUCAAGAAGAUCCCAACUGGUGGCAAGCCUAUAGGGAAGGCGAAGACGACCAGACUCUGGCUGGACUCAUCCCCUCCCAAACGUUCCAACAUCAAAGAGAAAGUAUGAGAUUAGUCGCCGAAGAAAGGAUGUCGAAACCACAAAGAAAAUCUUCCACCCUCUUGUGCGGCAAAACCGCGCGAAGAAAGAAGAAGAAGGGAGCGUAUAGCGAAGGGGGUUACCCCAUGUUUACCAACACCGUAGAAGAAUACGAUCAAGACGAAAUCUUGACUUAUGAGGAGGUAUCGUUGUAUUAUCCCAGAGCGAACAGUAAGAGACCGAUAGUUUUGAUUGGACCUCCGAACAUUGGAAGGCACGAGCUCAGACAGAAGCUCAUGGAAGACGCGGAGAGAUUCGCUGCUGCCAUACCUCAUACCUCUAGGGCCAGAAAAGAGAACGAAGUAGAUGGUCAAGACUAUCAUUUCAUCACAAGAGCCCAAUUUGAGGCUGACAUCCUUUCGAGAAAGUUUGUCGAACAUGGGGAUUUCGAAAAGGCUUAUUAUGGUACGUCUUUGGAUGCAAUCAGAUCUGUCGUGAACUCAGGGAAGAUCUGCGUCUUAUACCUACACCCCCAGAGCUUGAAGAUCCUUCGAACUUCUGAUUUGAAACCUUACGUGGUGUAUGUGGCACCUCCCAGUCUGGAAAAAUUGAGGCAGAAGAAGAUAAGGAGCGGGGAAUCUUUCAAGGAGGAAGAAUUGAAGGACAUUAUCGAAAAGGCCCGAGAGAUGGAAGAUAAGUACGGACAUUUCUUCGACAUGGUCAUCAUCAACAAUGAUACCGAAAGAGCUUACCACCAACUCUUGGGCGAAAUCAACAGUUUGGAAAGAGAGCCCCAAUGGGUACCAGCGGCUUGGGUCAGAGUGACCUAGUUAUACCGUCGAGAAAGAUUGAUAACGAAUCCUGUUCGAAGAUGGGCAUACCAGACUGAAAAGAAAAAGUUGUACAUAAGAGAAUAAUAAGUCGACUGAUUUAUUUUAAAUUUUAAAUACUUCUAUCAAGGAUAAUAUGAAUUCUAAAAGAAGGAAUCUACGGUUAUCAGACAGAUACAAAACGAAGUGUUUCCGAUGAGGUAAAAUGAAUUUCAGGGAUUUUUAUUCAUAGUUUCUUUCUGAUCGCUUGAUAUUCUAUCGGUAAAGGUGUUAUAAAAAAAAAGUUAUAUUAGAUAUUCGAAAACUCGGAUCGGUGCUGGAUAAGUGUGCAUCUAUUUUUCCGACCCACAAUUUAGAUUCGCACUCACCCAGUCGUCUAGUUCAGAUCUGAAACUGUCCCGAAAGCUGGCGAACAAAGUUAUAUCGUCCGUGAUGUGUACUGAAAAAAAGGCGCAAUGAUAUUCAAUUCAGGAAGCAUCGGUGGAACGAACAAAAAAUGAAUCAACAACAAUCAAAAUUAUCAUUUGAAAAUCUUAUUUGUUUUUUCAAUAUUACACUGAACUGAAUCGCCCCCUAGAUAUUGAUUCAAAUAUCUCAAAUUCUAAAUUGAUUAUUACGAUAUGCUUUUAAGAGGGAACACCUCCAGGUGACUUCGCGGUUCAAAAUGAAAUAAGAGAUAUUUCUCCUUACAAAUCACCGAUUUUUUCAUAAUUUCUCUAAACAAAAAUUCAUUACAAAAGAGGCAAAACUCUAAUUUUUAAAAAGACACGUAAAGUAAUUCCUUUCGAUGAAAGUUGGAACUAUUGUAAUAUUCCUAACUUCUACGAAGAAGUCACGUGGUGGUGUUCCCCCUUAACUCGUUGAAUUUUUGUAUUUUGCCCCCCAGUCUAGAAGAAAACAAAAGAGAGAAUAUUGUGUUCUGUCUUCGACCUUGGGCAGUUAAUUUUGGUGUUUUCCUGAGCGUUUGGCUCGUGAUAAUUUGAGGAAUUAUCCAAGGAAAAAUAAAAGUUUCUAUUGAGCAGUUUUGAAUUUUGAUAUAUGAUAAAAAUUCUAAAUUUUAUGAAAAGAUAAUAAAUCUUGAUUAUAUUAUCACCAAAGGACUAGAGAAAUUGUAAUUAGAUUGUGUAUUAACUAUAUAAAAUAUUUAUCUUUUUGUUUUGGAGACAAAUGUUAAAAAAAAAAUAGGGAUUUCUGAUGAUGAUAAAUUCAAUAAAAAAUCUAUUAGAAAAACUAAAACAAAUAAAAACUCAUUUGAAAUUUUCUCCAUUAGAAUCGGUGCUUGAUAUUUUGAGUUUAAAAAAACUCCGCAAUAAUUCUAGGAAAUACAAGUGCAAUCGUGAUAUCUACAUUGAAAAUAUCAAACUCAAAAUCCAAUAAAUAUUCGGUUUAUUCAGCCAAUGAGAUUUUUCUAAAACAUCACUUUAUAUACAAUAAGUACGAGUUUUCCAAAACUGUGGUUUGAUACCGUUCAGAUUUUAUCAGAUCGAAUAGGUACAUUUCAUUAUACGGGGUGUUUGGAGAAGAUAUGUCAAGAAAAAUUUUCUACUCAUUAAAAAACCGAUAAAAAUGUAAGAGGUUGUCGAUUUGAAAUCAAGAAAAAAUAUUGGAACGUAAGAAUGAGUAAGUUUCUUUGAAAGCAGUGGCGAAGCUAGAGGGGGACCUGGGGAAACCACCCUUUCCUUAACUAUCGCAUGAGCAGAAAAAUACAUCAUGAAUUUAAUGUAAACUAGAUGGGCCUUAAAAUCUUGGCCCCCCAAUUCUUGAGAGCUGGUCACUGUUUGAAAGAUAGACAAAAAAAUGGUAUAGGAACUGUGUUAGUUUUAGUCCUGAAUUUUUGACCUAUCUUCAUCGAACCCCCUAUAUAAAAUUAUUCAAAUAUGUAAUUCUAUUCUUCAGAUCAUGUCGUGGUUGUGACGAAAAAAUUAUUUUAAAUAUAACUGCUGUUCACUUAGUUUUUAUAAGUGUGUGUAGUUCCGCAUAUCUUAAAACUCAUGAGAUUA